UAGGGCAAUACUUCUUCGACCUGCUGAUGGCGCCACGCAGGACGAAGAGCUCCGUAAACACCGCUGAGCUGCUGAGCCUGAGGAGCAGAGGUAUCACAGAUGCUGGGAGUUUGUACAGACGCUGUUUAAAGAUCUUCAGAGGCAUCCUCGUUCAGGACAGUAGGAGUUUCGUUAAAGUAUGGAGCAAGACCUCAAAAUCGGCAAUAAUGUAUGAGAAUGGGAACAUCUACUUUGAAAAUUACCAAAACUGCUACAGCUGUGUUCAUGCUGAGCCUCAAAGUUUGUACAAACUGCCAAAGAGAUCCAAACAGGAGAAAAUUGAAGAUGCCCUGCUAUGUCAGUGUCCACUUGAAAAAACGUUACCUUCCCCCACAGAUCACCAUCCCAGCCUCUUGGCAUUGACAGCCAACAGUUGGCUUCGUCGCUUUUCAACUGAAACGGGAAAAGAGCUUCAAAGUGUUUACCUCUCUCCAAACUACAACUUCAAAUAUCUUGGCUGGAAUGCUUCUCAAGAAACAUUUUAUGUUAAAACUGUUCAAAACAAAGAAACACCUUUAGGGAGACAGGCAGGUAUCUCUUACAAUACAUUUAUGUAUCUGGCUGUUUUUCAUGUUUUCCCUUUACAAAUUGUGGGCAUUAUUGAGAUCAACAAAAAGGGUUUUGGAAGUGGCAUUACUGAUGUUGUUAUGUCUCAGGGGGUCCUCGCCGUGUCUUACAGCAACAAGAAAGUGAGACUCUUCAGCUUUGAACACAUUGUCCAAAGGUACCAAACUGAAACAAUAACUCUGGGAAAGCAGAGUUCACUUCUCGGAGGUAAARAAGUAGGAGAUUUUCCAUUUGGCAUCCCAGUUAACAUUCAGAUCACAGAUUCUCUGCCGGUACUUUUUGAAGCGAGCUCUAAUGACGGUGUCCAGAUUGGCGGCUACCCGUGGCACUUCAUUUACACUCCACCACAAAAAAAUCAGAGGGGGACUCACCACAUCUGUUCCCUCAAGGAUGGCACUUUGGCAACAAAUGGAAUCCAGAACAUGAACUGCUGCUGCCUGGAGAGUGACGCAAUGUUCUUCCAUCCGGCCGACUCGAGGAGAAUCAUCCAUAUUGGACCAACCACAAUGAAUGUCCUAAAAAUCGUGGGUGAAGUAAAUAGCCCCCUGCCAUCAAAUAUCGUUGAAGAUUUCUCUCUGGCGACUGUUCGAAACAACACGACUCCUUCCUCUGGAGUCACUGUCACAUCAUCAGGACGCACAGUGAGGAAGAGAUUUCAUCAGCUGGAUGAUGACUCGAGUCAAGAGACUUUCCGACUGGUGGAAUGUGAGGACGAGCUUGAUCUUCUGGCUGCAGUGGUAACUAACGGGGAAGAAGACGAAGCAAGAGCUCACAUCCGUUUGCAUGAUAACCAAACAGGGACGUUACAGAGAAAGAUUGAUCUGGUUGAACCUUGGGAUGAGACUUUUCCGCACGUGUUGUGCUUUGACAAAGAUACAAUUGUUCAUAUUGAACAGAGAAAGAACAGCUUCUGCUGUCAUGUUUACAAGCUUAGAACCGCCACACAAUAACAGGUUCUGAAAUGACCGAAAGGUUCCACAGCUUGAGCACAGAGGCCCAGACAUCUCUUUCUACAUUGACCUCUUCUGGGAGGAUUCCACGGUUCUUCCCAGAGGUCUCCUCCUAAAGAUUCAGUCAAAGGGCAUCCUGACCAGAUGACCAAACYACCUGAACUGGUGAUUUUCAUGAUGUACAAAUAUUUUAGUAUAUAAUUUGGAACAGUGUAUAUUUUUUAUAAAGAGGACUUCGUGACUUUUUUAAACUUUUGAAAUAUGUAAUUGUCAAACCUCUGUACCCGGUAGAUUGUUAAAACUUCUCUAUUAAAUGGUUGUAUUUUCUUAGGUUGUUCCUUCUUUUUAUCAUGUCAAAUAAGAUUUUUUUUUCCACAUCACGAGUUACUGCAGGGGUUGAAUAUCUGCUGUUUAUAUGAAAUACAAAUAAAUUAAAAACUACUUAAAUAGCCUGAA